GACCUCUACACGGUGCUCGGCGUGUCGGCGGACGCGACGGAGGCGAUCCUCAAGCGCGCCUACCGCCUCCGGUCGCUCAAGUACCACCCGGACAAGAAGGGCGGCUCGACCUUCGCGUUCCAGCGCGUCCGCGAGGCCUUCGACACGCUGAGCGACCCGGAGAAGCGGCGCGCGUACGAC